CACCUAGCGCGGGCCAUGGCGGCGCAGUGCUGCUGCCGCAAGGCGCCCGGCGCCGAGGCCGCGCCCGCCCGCCCGCCGCCCGCGCCGCCGCCCGCCCUGGACGUGGCCUCGGCCUCCAGCGCGCAGCUCUUCCGCCUGCGCCACCUGCAGCUGGGCCUGGAGCUGCGGCCCGCGACGCGCGAGCUGGCCGGCUGCCUGGUGCUCGAGCUGUGCGCGCUGCGGCCCGCGCCCCGCGCGCUCGUGCUCGACGCGCACCCGGCCCUGCGCCUGCACUCGGCCACCUUCCGCCGCGCGCCCGCCCGGCCCGGCGCCCUCGCCUUCGCCUUCGCCGCGCCCGGGCCCGCCGCGCCCGCGCCGCCGCCGCCCGCCUGCCCCAGCACCGAGCCCGCCGGCCGCUCGCUGGCCUUCCGGGUGGACCCGUUCACCGACUACGGCUCGUCGCUCACCGUCACGCUGCCUCCCGAGCUGCCGGCGCACCAGCCCUUUCAGGUCAUCCUGCGCUACACCUCCACCGACGCGCCCGCCAUCUGGUGGCUGGACCCCGAGCUGACCUACGGCCGCACCCAGCCCUUCGUCUUCACGCAGGGCCACUCGGUGUGUAACCGCUCCUUCUUCCCCUGCUUCGACACGCCCGCUGUCAAAAGCACCUACUCAGCCGUGGUCAAGGCCCCCUCAGGGGUGCAGGUGCUGAUGAGUGCCACCCAGAGCUCGUAUGUGGAGGAGGAGGGCGUGUUCCACUUCCACAUGGAGCACCCCGUGCCCGCCUACCUCGUGGCCCUUGUGGCCGGGGACCUGAAGCCCGCGGACAUUGGGCCCAGGAGCCGUGUGUGGGCCGAGCCGUGCCUGCUGUCCACGGCCACCAGCAAGCUGUCCGGUGUGGUGGAACGGUGGCUGAGUGCGGCCGAGGGGCUCUACGGCCCAUACUUGUGGGGCAGGUACGACAUCGUCUUCCUGCCCCCCUCCUUCCCCAUCGUGGCCAUGGAGAACCCCUGCCUCACCUUCAUCAUCUCCUCCAUCCUGGAGAGCGAUGAGUUCCUGGUCAUCGACGUCAUCCACGAGGUGGCCCACAGCUGGUUCGGCAACGCUGUCACCAACGCCACGUGGGAGGAGAUGUGGCUGAGCGAGGGCCUGGCCACCUACGCCCAGCGCCGCAUCACCACCGAGACCUACGGUGCCGCCUUCACCUGCCUCGAGACGGCCUUUCGCCUGGACGCCCUGCACCGGCAGAUGCGGCUCCUCGGGGAGGACAGCCCGGUCAGCAAGCUGCAGGUCAAGCUGGAGCCAGGAGUGAACCCCAGCCACCUGAUGAACCUGUUCACCUACGAGAAGGGCUACUGUUUCGUGUACUACCUGUCCGAGCUCUGUGGAGACCCCCAGCGCUUUGACGACUUCCUCCGGGCCUACGUGGAGAAGUACAAGUUCACCAGCGUGGUGGCCCAGGACCUGCUGGACUCCUUCCUGAGCUUCUUCCCGGAGCUGAAGGAGCAGAGUGUGGACUGCCGGGCAGGGCUGGAGUUCGAGCGCUGGCUCAACGCCACGGGGCCGCCGCUGGCCGAGCCCGACCUGUCUCAGGGAUCCAGCCUGACCCGGCCCGUGGAGACCCUCUUCCAGCUGUGGACGGCGGAGCCCCUGGAGCAGGCGGCCGCCUCGGCCAGCACCAUCGACAUCUCCAAGUGGAAGACCUUCCAGACGGCGCUCUUCCUGGACCGGCUGCUGGACGGGUCCCCACUGCCCCGGGAGGUGGUGACCAGCCUGUCCAAGUGCUACUCCUCCCUGCUGGACUCGAUGAACGCUGAGAUCCGCAUCCGCUGGCUGCAGCUCGUGGUCCGCAACGACUACCACCCCGAUCUCCACAAGGUCCGGCGCUUCCUCGAGAGCCAGAUGUCCCGCAUGUACACGGUGCCACUGUACGAGGACCUGUGCACCGGCGCCCUCAAGUCCUUCGCCCUGGAGGUCUUCUACCAGACACAGGGCCGCCUGCACCCCAACCUGCGCAGGACCAUCCAGCAGAUCCUGUCCCAGGGCCUGAGCCCCGGGGCCGAGCCCGGCGCCGACAGGGACGCGGCCGCCAAUGGGGGCGCCGACACGCCGGCCCUGCUGCUCGGGGACGAGGCCCCCGGCGGUGCCCUCUCUCUCAGGGACGUCAACGUGUCUGCCUAGCCCUGCGGCGGCUGGCCCCGACCCCCCCCCACACCACGACUGUGCCUUUUGGGGUCCAGCCGCCAUGACUGUGCCUGGACUCUGGCCAAGAGCUCAGCCCAGGUUGCGCGCCGCUCCCAGGGGCUCCCAGGGCUGGGCAGUGCUGGGGAGGGGCCUGCGCCCUGGGGCCCAGCGCCACCCCCACCUCUUGCACUGCAGACCUUGGGGUGGGGGUGGGCAGCGCCCCACUGCUCCCUCCUGUCACAGCACUGGCGGCACCCCCAACCCCUUGCUUCCCACACUGCCCCUCGCCACAGCCCGACAGUCCACGGUGACCACCACUCUGUGCCUUACAAUGCUCCCGGGGCGUGCAGCCACCGCACCCCCGGACCAAGACCCAGGCGUGCCCUUCAGGCAAGCUCCCUCGGUGGGGGUGGGCUGGAUGUCCCUGGGGAGGGACCCCGGCCCGCGGAAAGCCUUAGCCCCUCGGAUGCAGGCUCAGGCCCCAGGGAAGGGGGCAGGAGUCCGUGGCCCAGUGCUGCCUGGGGUGGGCGGGCCGCACAGGAAAAGCAGUACCGGUGAGGGAGGGCAGGUGGCGCUGGUGCUCCACGAGGCCCCCGGCCUGGAGGGGACCGCUGCAAUGAGCCCCUCGUCCGCGGCCCCCAUUAAACCUCCACUCUGCAAACCUGACCUCCCUGGCCCCCUUGGUCCUGACUUGACCUCCACACCUGCCUGGGCCAGGGUGGGGCUGGCAGGGACCUGGGCUGUCCCAGGCAGCACUGAGACAUGUGAGUGGAGUCCCCCUGACACACAGGUUCCUUGCCAGAGGCAGGUGCUGAGUGACCAGUGCCAGCACUUGGCCACCUGGCCGUGCCCUCCGGGGCCUCUCAGGACAGGCUCCAGCCCCCAGCCUUUAACCCAGCCUCCGAGGGGUGCCCGGGAGAGAGCAGAGGAGGGGCUUGCUUGUCCCCACACUGGCUCCCAACCUCCCACUUCUGUUACUGGCCAAAUCCCAGCUGAAGUGGCAGCCGGACAAACCUGCCCCAACUGCCCCUGUCCCCUGCCCGCAGGAGCACCCUGUCCCUGACUGCCCAGGAGGGCCACUUCUCUGAACAGCUGUGCCCAGGGCACGCUCUGCCCCCUCCCUAGGCUCGGCUGGAGGGACGCCGGGGCUGCCCCCAGAGGCCUCCUGGGAGGGGGUGGGCAUGCUGGGUGCUGGCCCCCAGCCAAGAGGUGUCCCCUCUGAUGACACCAGUGGGGUACUGCCAUGCCCCAAGGGGCCUUCCCAAAGUGCCCAGCACCCAGGCCAGCAGCCGAGAGCCUGCUGGGACUGGAGAUCAUCUGCUCUCCUCGCUCAGGUCAGAAUAAAUAUGGGCAGCCGGA